AGCAACAUUAGACAGUAGUCUGUAAAAAGUAGUUUGCUACUAGAAGUUCUGUUUCCUUUUAGAUGUAUCUCACUGAUUUAAUAUCACAUGAUGUGUUUUUCCAAAUAUUUCUCCUGCAGUUUGUCUCUGUUUUGUAAAAUAAUUGCUGUGUAAAUUCUUAUGUAUUGUUUGUAUGCCUGGUGAGAAAAUGUAGAUUAUGAUGUUGAAAUAGGGUUAGUUUUUACCGUGACUAAAUGAAAUGAUGGCCUGUGACUAUGUAACAUGUAAAAUACUUACCUUUGUUCUGGACUGUUGAAAGAUUGGCCAUAAAAUGCUAGAAUGCACCCAAAGUAACCAGCAUAAAUAGUAAGUUUAUUUUGUUAUGAAAUUUACAGUGUACUUUUUAAAUUAAAAUUGGAAAACAAGACUAUAGUAUAUUUGACCCCCCAUUUUUGACAGCUGUAAUGAUUGCUGAGUAUACAAUUAUCAGACCUUGUAAAGGCUAUGUGUAUGCAUUACCACAAGAGGUACUGCUCCACUUGUGACAGUAAAUCUUUUGGGCUAUUGCUUGGUACUCAGAUGCCAAUUCUGAGUACCACUCUGCCAUAAAAGGACACAUAAAAAAAGGUUAAUGGUAUGAUGUUCAUUGUUUUUAUAUGUGUUGAGACCAUUGUAGUAUUUUUUAAUCAUCUCCAUUCCUUGCUUUAUACACAGGAUGAUGGCAGCAUCUCAGAAAUUCCUGCUGAGAGUUUACAGCACUACAGAUGUUGUUGUGAAGGUUUCUCUAACUAAGCGGCCUGAGUCAGUGGAAGAACUAAUCACCAUACUCCGGGAGAAGCUCAACCCAAGGCUGGACUUUGAGUUUACCUUACAAUACGAAGACCCUGACUUUGAUGGGCAACUUACCUGUCUACAUGAUAUUCAAGAGCUACUAGAGAAGAGCACAUUAAAAAUAGUGCGAUCCGAAAGUGAUGCCAGUUCUUGUGCAAGUUCUGACACAGACAUCCUUCCUCAUGUGCCUUUAGCUCAGCGUCUGAAGUGUUGGCCUGACACUUUCCCAGUACCUACCUUUUCUUACGAAGUCGAACAUGUCCUUGAGAAGGGAAAUAAAGCCUACGAGAUGUCUGGAAAGCAACUGAAAUUGACACGAGCCCAAAAGCACAACAUCUUGGAGACCAUGGCUUCAGUGAUGCACACCUUCAAAGCCUAUCCGAGUGACAGAGAUGUGUGUUUGGCAGCAAAAGCUCUUGUUACCACUCAUCCAUGUCUUAAUGAGCCUGGAAGUUAUGGUUGGAAGACCAGUUUAAAAUUUAAGAUGGGAAAUUACCGCACCAAGCUAGCCAGAGCCGGAUGCGCGGAGGUGUCCGUGAAUGCUGGUAGAAGGAGUAUCAACAACCCAGAAGGAGAGUAUCCCCACUCCAACAUAAAAAGAGCACGAAAAGCUGAGGUAAACUACCUCCCAAACUUUCCAAGAGGAGAAGAUAAGGCCAGUCUGGAGGAAUUGAGAGUCCAGAUAAAAAAUUAGGUUGAGAAGACCGAGCCCAACAAAGUAAUGAUUGAAAAACUGAUGCAAACAACCUUUGCACUGCGUCGCCAUGAGAUCGUUCAAGAAAACCCAAUGGUGAAGGACUUCUUAGAGAAAUGGCCAGCUCUGCGAUUUCACUCACAGGUUUGUGCGGAGUUCCGAGUCACAAACAUCAACCUGCAGAAACAGUUCUAUGCUGAACUUGACAGACACACACCACGACUUAUGGCUCUAUACAGACAGAAGGCCACAUGCACUGGCAAGAUAUCGGAGGCUCUGCGAAACAUUCUGAAUCAUUAUGAUCAUCAGGUGAAUAUUGAUAAAGAUAAAAUUGCUACCACAAAUUUAAAAAGUUUCUAUGUUAAUCACUCAAUUUUGCUUGUUUUUAGACUGCCUAUGGGCUACUGUUAAUUGCUGGGAACAU